AUGUUUUCCAGGACCCUAGCAUCGUCGGCGUUUCGGCCGCUUUUCCGACAGCCUCAAGUUUUGCAGCCUAGAUUCAUAGGCCUUCAGCUACCAUCUAUCUUUCAUGCCCGAAACCUAUCCUCGGAGACGCGAACGGCAAUUGACAAGGCUAUCGCAUCUGCCCCUGUCGUUCUUUUCAUGAAAGGCACCCCGGAAACGCCGCAGUGCGGGUUUUCACGAGCCAGUAUACAGAUCUUAGGAUUGCAAGGUGUAGAUCCGAAGAAAUUCGUUGCUUUCAAUGUGCUGGAGGAUUCGGAACUCCGCCAGGGCAUCAAAGAGUAUUCCGACUGGCCCACGAUCCCCCAAUUAUAUCUGGACAAGGAAUUCAUCGGCGGCUGCGAUAUUCUGAUGUCUAUGCAUCAGAAUGGAGACCUUGCUAAGCUUCUCGAGGAGAAGGAAGUUCUAGUGGCGGCCGACUAAUUCAAAAGCAAGUGUCUGGACACAGCUGAUCCGAGAUAUCUGCUGUACACUUUCAGCCAGUUAUCUUUCGGGGAAUGUUAUUCCUUGGUAAGAUGCAUUUACGCUCAUCACGCCUCAAUACGUACAUAUACUUGUCUGGUAGAGACUUGCAGCAGAAUACAUAGAAAAGCACGUCUUACCUUUUUCCGGUCCAGUAUCCAAUAACCGUUAUUCAAGCGCCACCCUACCUGGGCCUAUCAAUAUGCAUCCAGGCAGGUGGAUAGCCGGAUUGCUCGGUUUAUUUGACUCUCUAUCGUUGCAGCAUCUAGGCUUUUGCUCACUAUCUUUCUUUUGUCUUUCCCCAUGUUCUAUGAAAUAGCACUCCGGCUUCUUCUUACUAUACGCCGUUCAGUCUAGACAGAGGCCGAUUCCUUAGACUUGACUAGCUCUUC